CUUGAAACCAGACAACAUGUUGCUCUCUAAUGAGGGCCACAUUAAGCUGACAGAUUUUGGAUUGUCCAAAGUUACUCUGAACAGAGAACUCAACAUGAUGGAUAUCCUCACAACACCAUCCAUGUCAAAACCAAAACAAGACUAUUCACGCACACCUGGACAAGUGUUGUCUCUCAUCAGUUCUUUUGGUUUUUAUACUCCAGUUGAUGGGAAAAUGCACACACCUAGUCCAAGUCCUAUUUGUGCAAAUAUGUCUCAAUUUUCUCAAGGAUUUGUUUCCCCCUUAUCUGUAAGUCAAAAAGACUACCCAUCUGCACCUAAUAAACUCCUGAGAGCAUGCUUCGAUUCUUCAGCUGUAACACCUGCAAUACCUGUGAGGAGCCUGACACCAACUCUGCUUCAAUCUAGAAAAAGGUAUGGGACUUCCAGUGCCAGUAGCCAUUCCCGCACCCAAUUGUCCAGCAUGGAAUCAGAGUGCUGCAGCAGCCCCCGGUGGGAAAGAGACGUUCAGGAAGCAGAAGACAUCCUCUGCUCUGCCUCAGGCAAAGUAGUUUCUUCAGAAACACCAGAGAAUACAGAUUUACGGCUUUUCAAUGGCACUAAAGGCUUGAAGCGAAAGGCUCUGGAGUCUGCCAUCUCUCCUAUUAGCAGCAGUGAGUCUACCGAAUCCUUUAAUCUAUCUGAAAUAUCUGUAAGAACUUGUGAUAUGAAAGACUUGGUCCGAAAAUGUCUUUCAGAAUAUAAAGAAUGGGAAGAAAAGCUCUGUACAGCAAAGGCUGCCCAGGCAGAGGAGGAAGCAGCAAAAUCCUUAAAUUGCCACCUGUCUCCUUUGAGCUCGGGAAAUAUUUCAAAAGACAGGAAAGAGGAGGCGAUGGUGGAGAUGCCAGGUGUCAAAAGAUGCUUUGGGCUGGUUGACACCAGCCCUUCUCAAGAACUUAUCUUUGUUAAAAAAAAGAAUGCGGAUUACAAACGUGGCUGUAAAAUCACAGAUAUUCCUGAAAAACAAAGCACAGGCUUAACAUCUGAACUCCAUUGCCUAAAACUUGAUGGGUGCUUGCAAGAGACCUGCACAAAUGAUGGUCAAGCAAAAGAGUGCUCUUGGACACAACAAAAUAGAAGCAACAAAACAGCCACUCCUUUAAUAGCAAAGAAUCUUAUGGAUUAUCUAGAUGCAGAUUGUGAAAAAGAUGGGAAAAGGGAACCCACUAAUUCCAGCUUCUUAUGCACUGAUGAUGAGAAGCCUUUGGCAAGCAUAAGCGUGGACUCAGAUCUCUCUGCAGCAGAAAAUCAUUUAGACAGGAGCAUUAAAGAUGUUACCUUUGAGGAGCUAAAAACAGACUCUGUGCCUGCAACAUCACCAUGUUGUCUAGACACCUUGUCAAGAGGGGACGAGAAACUUUCUAGCCAAGAGACCAAGCUACGGCAGCAUGAUCAGGAUAAGAGUACGCAAAGUGUAACUGAAACACCCACUCAUCUUCACUCUUCUUCAGCAGUGGACUCACAGAAAGCACUAAACCUCUUCAAGAAAAAUGUGGUUGCCUUUCGGAGUUAUAACAGUGCAAUCAAUAUGUCUAAAAUGUCUGAACCAUCAAGAAGCCUGAUUUCUGUAGAAGGAAUGGAUAUCUCUGUUUGCAGUGGCUCUUAUCCUAUGACCAUUACACCCGCACAAAAGGGGACAUCCUAUAGAGUAUAUCAGACUCCUCAGGGAAAUGCUGAUACACCCUACAGAACGCCCAAGAGUGUCCGAAGAGGAGCUGCUCCUGUAGAUGGAGAACGCAUCUUAGGGACUCCUGACUACUUGGCACCGGAGCUGCUCUUAGCAAAGGCUCAUGGUCAUGCUGUUGACUGGUGGGCACUUGGAGUUUGUCUGUUUGAGUUUUUAACUGGAAUUCCACCAUUCAAUGAUGAAACACCACAACAAGUAUUUCAGAAUAUUUUGAAAAGAGAUAUUCCAUGGCCCGAAGGUGAAGAGAAGUUGUCAGAUAAUGCUCAGAAUGCUAUAGAUAUCCUUUUAACCAUUGAAAGUAGCAGACGAGCUGGAUUCAAGGAGUUGAAACUUCACCCUCUCUUUCAUGGUGUAGACUGGGAUAAUCUGCAUAAUCAGUCCAUGCCCUUCAUACCCCAGCCAAAUGAUGAGACUGACACUACCUAUUUUGAAGCUAGGAAUAAUGCUCAGCAUCUAACAGUGUCUGGAUUCAGCUUGUAGUAUGAACACAAAAGAAUUUUUAGAGGGUUGCACAUGUAUAAAGUUUCUUAUCAUUGAUUUACUUCUGAUUUUCUAACUAGUAUUAUGUUUUUUAAAAUCUGGUCUGCUUUUAGUUCAUCCAGCUGUGUUGAAACAUUUAGUUCCACACAGCUUCUGAUUGUACUUUUAUUCUUGUUACUACUGCACUUUAUGUAAAUCUUACGUAUGUAAUGGUGGUAUGACUCACUAACAAAAUUGUUUUCUGCUGCUAACGUGUAUUUCUAAUUGUGGGAGAGGGGCUGUCAUAGGCAUAACCAGUAUAGUAAAUGCAUAGCAAUGUGUUUAUGUGCAUAUAUUUCAAAGUAUUAGUUAUGUUACACAUUGAAUUUUGGGUUAGAAUCUAUUUGAAACUGGUUUUCAGGACACUUUGAUGAUGAACAUGUAACAAAAACAAACUUCUACAUUUUCAGUGCAGCCCAGCUUCUCCUUCUGUGUGCCAAUCCUUUUUAGACUCAAAAACUUUCAGGCACUUCAAAGUAAUUCAUAGGCUUCCUAUUCUGCUACUAGCAUAUCAGUGUUCUCCAUUGUCUCUAAUAUUAUUGCCAAUGUUUACUUUCCCCAUCCCAGUUAUUUAUGAAAACUCCCUCCCCAAUCUAAGUAGGUUUUAACUACCCUACUUUGAUUUCUGGAUGCAGCUGUUUAAAAUACUGAAACGGUCAACAGCUGAACCAAGAAGUGUAUAUUUAAAUCUGCAGAUUUAUAAUUUAGAGAAAUAAAGAACAUCAGAGGAGAUUUUAGUAAAAAUUGGAUUAAAACUGAUUAUGUAUUUUAAACAUUUAAAUAAAAAUUUUCUAAGACAUACUUUGUAGCCUUCUUUGAAGUAAUACAGAUGACUACUGCACAUCCAUCUAAUGGAUUUGUUCCAUGCUUUGCUGUUUCCUUAAUAGAGGAAUAUGUUUUAAAUGGAAAUUAAAGCCCUUUGUUUUCUGCUUUCAAAAAUAAAGCAUUACAAAGAAGUCACAAGAAAAUUUGUUUGGCUGUAACUUGCCAGCAAUAGCUACUGUAUGCUCUUUCAGAGUGGGUACUGCUUGAGCUUGACACCACAUAUCAUUGGCAUCUGUUUGGGGUUUAGAUUUAAUUAUAUGGACUUCCUUGCAUAUGGGAAGUUUUACUGUCUUUACAUUUAGUCCUGGUUAAUGCAAUAGUCUUGGCUUUCCCUUCAUACAAUUUACCAUUUCUGCUUGACUACUUUCUCUACUUUUGGUGUAUCAAGGCACUGCUAUGUUCAGAAUGAAAUUAGACUAGCCAGAUAUCAUGAGAUCGGCUGCCUGACCCAUAGUUCUAUGUCUCUGGCCAGAAUCCAACAGUUACAUGCCCACAUUAAGAUAAUAUAUUUAUGUUCCACUCCCCAAAAAGUCUGAGGAGCGAUUUACUGAACCUCAUAGAGCAAAAUAAACAAUUGCUCUUAGUAGUGUGAAAUAUGUAUAUGAGUUUAUUCUGAAACUGCUAAACUACUAUCAAAUGAGGAAGUAAGGCAUAAACACAGACUUGUGGGCCUGCUUAUUGUUACAGAUCAAAAUAUUCAGAUGUAAUGGCUUAGAGAACAAGAGCAAGUUAAAGAAUGAAAUGCCACACUAACCUGAUGACACAAUUGUCUUUUCAGAGACCACUAAUCUACAAACAGCUCUUAGCCUUCAACUUUUGGCAGAGAUGAAGCCCACUCUGAUUUCAGUCUACAGCCUUUUUCAGGAAGGGCGGUAACCUAAUGGCCUACAAUUUAAUAAUAAUCCCUCUAAAGCUGCUUCCCUUCCCUUCAGUGAAGAUGGAAUACAAGUUCCAAAAUUAAUUUUGUCCUACAUCUUUCUGCAUACCUAAGAU